ACAGGACGCACAGGAAUCAUUUCAGCAUGUCUACCUCGGAAGCAAAGGAGGAGAAAAAGAGGAGAUGCACAGUAAUGCUACGGCCCAGUUUGCUCCGGUCGUUCAGCAGACCAACUUCCAUUCAGGACAACAACAAAGUUGUUGACCAGACGGCGGAUCCAACACCGGGACAAGCUGAUUGGGUGUUUGAUGAGGAAAACAGUGAGGUGAUGGCCCAGUCUCGACACCAGGCUGAUAAUGGAACAGAGCAGACCAACAAGUUCAUGUUGGAUGAACUGUUUGCAGGAUCAGCAUCAGACCAGACCACAUUCACUGAGAGCUCCACUCUGCCUAUUUCAAGGUCACCAUUGGAUAGCAGUAGAACAUCCAGCCAGCCAAAGAAAGAGUUUGUGAACGAGGAAAUGGAGGAGAUGUUUUCCAAAUAUGACCUACCCAUCAGUUUUCAAGAGGAAAAGCUGAAAAAAGACUUGGUGAAAGAACAAGUGACUCAAGCUAUGCUAAAAGAGAUUUUGAUCACUGAUACAGACUGUGUUUCUCUGCUGGACAUACCCCCCAAUGUUGUCUCUGUGGAUUCUGAUGGUGCAGAUAUCAUAACAGAGAGAAAUAAACAGUAUGCUGAAGCUUGCGGGAAGAGAUUUAAAAUUGACAACUAUGUGGAUCGGGUUAUGCAGACGCUGAACAGGGCUGCUAAAAACAAAUGUACGCAGAUGGACCUCAUGCUGAAGACCGAUGCAGCUGUAGACAUGCAUGAAUAUCCAGAGCAGGAAGUGAUGAUUGGAAGCCUGGAGGAAAAACAGACCAGCUAUUCUGAGGCUGGUGAGGAAUUUAGCAGAAGUGCUGAGAGGAGUAUGUCCUUGAACACUUCAGCUAGAACAGACGUGGAAGCUGUUGGAACCAGUUUAAACACCAAGUUGGACUGGGAGCUCAUCAAGACAUCAGAGAAGUUCCAUUACCUUUUGGUUAUAACGGAGAGAAUCGUUUUAAGGAGCAUCCUCCAUUGUCCUCUGGCUGCAUACAGAGGAUUGCCUUUACUGGGAGAUCCCGACAGACCAGGAAAACCUGAGGAAAUGGACCAGAGUAAACGUUGUACAGAGAUCUCCUGCUCUCCAGCUCUGGAAUGUCUUUGGGUUUUCAGUUGUGAGCUCACAAGAGGGCGCACUGUCAGUUGCAUGGCCUGGGACAAAAAUAAUCCGGACCUUCUUGCUGUAGGUUACAGUGAGACCGACUCCAUGAACCAGAAACCAGGUCUGGUGUGCUGCUGGUGCAUUAUAAACCCCACGUGGCCUGAGCGUAUAAUUUACUGCGAUGGUGCCAUUACUACUUUGGAUUUCUCAGCCAACCACCCUGGUCGGCUGGCUGUGGGGAUGAGUGACGGCGUCAUUGCCAUCUAUAACCUGCAGACUGCGGAUAUCAAGGCACCCACCUUCAGCAGCUGGGAAAGUCUCAAAAGACACCGUGGGCCAGUCAGGCUACUCAGGUGGAACCUGCAAGAACAGAGCUUCACUGAAAAGGAGAGGGUUGAGAAUCUAUUCUCUCUGGGUGAAGACGGCAGGACCUGCAAGUGGUUUGUCGUUAAUGGUUGCCUGGAAUGCACAGACCUGAUGGAGCUCAACAGGAUUAACACCCCGGAGAUGGAUAAACAGAACCAACCAGAGACAGAAGAAGGAUAUCUGCUGCCUAUGUUCACCUCUGGUCUCUACUUUGACUUUCAUCCAACUGACGCCAACAUCUACUUGACUUGUACCUUGGAGGGAAACAUCCAAAAGCGUUCCUGCUCCCGAAUUUAUGACCUUCUGGAAAAUUACAGGAAACAUUUUGGUCCUGUGAACUGCGUGACAUGGUGUCCUUUCCACCCAGAUGUGUUCCUAAGCUGCUCUUCAGACUCCACCAUUAAACUCUGGAAGCAGGACUGCAAGAGUCCCAUGUUAAGCUUCACCUCCAACCACAGGGCAGUUCAUGAAGUCAGGUGGUCUCCGAGGCAGGCUGCGGUAUUUGGUGCUGUUAACGACAGCCAGCUUGAGAUCUGGGACCUUAACACCAACUUUUUGAACCCAGUUAUUGUGCAGCGUGCUGCCCCUGGACUGAAGAUGACGUCUCUCCUGUUUGCAUCACUCUCAGACUGCGUCAUGGUAGGAGACAGCUGUGGCCAGGUCACUGUGUAUAAGCUGCAGAACAUCUUUACUGGAGAAAGCAGUCAGGGGGAAGUUCUGGACGCCCUCUGCUCUGCAGCUUCCAAAGAAUCUCGAUCCUGGUGA